UGUAUUACUAUUUUAAUUAUGUUAAUUUGAUAUCGAGUUUAUUCAAAAUGGUUGUCCAGUGUUUAGUGGUUUUAUUUGUUUGCGCAAUGUUUAAUGCUAUCGACAGAACAACAUCAACAACCAAAAACCCGCCGCCAACAACAGUUACGGCACAACAACCGCUAGGAUUAAACGAUUCUUUAAGUUGUGAUUUCAACAACAACUUCUGCGGUUGGAAAAAUGAUCCCCAGGCAACUGACGAAUGGCACAGAGACGAGUCAGGAGUUCUUUACGCUUACUUAGUAGUAGAAAACACCGCACUUCGUUUGCUGUCCCCAAUUUACGAUCGUAUUUUGGCUGAAACAGGCUGUUUUUCAUCCAGUUUUAUUAUCCAAACUGGUCUUGGAUAUACAAUCCGGAUUUAUCAAAAACCAGUUAAUGUAGCACUUACAGAGUUGCUUCAGAACAACAAUAUAGGGAAGAAGGAAUACAUACUCUUUGAGGCGAAGGCAACGACAGGUCAUUAUGACGCACAUAUUAACCCUGUGACAGCACUUAAGAAAUUCGAUGAUGACUUUCAGAUUAUCAUAGAAGUGACCUGCAAUAAGUUUUUCGUAAUUCCGCGAAUAGACAAAGUCGCUAUACUUCAAGGCAGUAACUGCACUGCAGUGGACAUGACUGCCACUACUCCAUCUACAGAUACAUUUGAAGCAUAUUAUAUACAUACUGUAACUACAACAACACUUCCGCCAACAACAACUAGACGAAAAAAAUUUUAUUAA